GGGCAGCGCGUUGUGUCGGAGUUGAGGAGCGGCCGCCUCCCACCCGCUGCGGGAACGGCCCCAUGAGGGUGCGAGGCAGAGCGUGGGGACGGGAAACGAAGCUUGAAGGAGCAAAUCGAUGGUCCUUCAAGGAAUUAUUGAUCGGGAAUUAUUGCAAAGCGCUUCACGUUGGUUAUGGGCACGUUGCUAAAGCUGCUGCCAAAAGGGCUGAUAAUCCAGGAGUCACCGUACGUACGAGCAGAAGGGAAAUUAACAGAAGAUAAAGUUGGGUUUUUUGAAAGCUCGGAGUUUAAGAAAUAGCCCAAAGUGCGGCGUAAGGGAAAUCAGUUGCACUGACCUCUUGUUUUUAAUUCAGCGUACACAAUUGCAAUCCAUUACUGCUAAAUGUGAUUGAACAGAUUAUUCUUGCAUGCAGUGUUUGGAAAUGCAGUGUUUUCCAUCCUGGCUGAAUACAAAGAUCAUCCGCUGGCAGCAGGAAGCUGUGUGCCUUCCUCUCCCAAAGGACAUCGUGGCAUUUAAUUGCUUAUUCCUCCCUCUCCCCCUACUUUUCUCCUCUUAUAGUUUUCUUUGGCGAUUCUUAGAAUGCUGACUGCUGUGAUGCAUCCCCUCUAGGUUAGGUCUGUAUGAGCAGACGGUUUGGCUAUGAAGGCUCUGUGUAUUUGCUCAUCCUUGCACCUUGCAGGGGGCUGCCUGCCACCUCUGUGCUUUUACGAGAGGAUCCAGAGCUCAGAUGUUGGGAACAAAACCAAACAGCGCUUCUCAAGAGGCAGCCCUAGGUGACUGUAUCUGUUUCCUGAUGAACCGCAGGCUGUGUGACACUAAAGCACGCUGCUGUGGUUAGAACAUUUGUACCCGCACUCAUUAAUAUGAGCAGUAAUUAUCCCUUGAUGUUAAGCUCUUUAGGGAUGGUCUAGUUAUACUUUCCAGUUAUCAAGCUGGAAACUUUGAUCUUUUAAAUUCGAAUGUAAGAACUGUUUUCCCUGCUUUCUACAUGCAGAUCUCGAGCCUUUGUUCGUCCUGGUUAGGGCUGAGCAGUGUUGCAGCUGGAAAUCUCUGACAGUUUCAUGCCUGCAAUACGUCACUUUGUUCUGCUCCGAUUGAACACCCUGAAAUAGAUGGAGAUACGUACAAGUUCCUGCAACACAGCUCUGCCUUGGUUGUACUCUUCACCUUUGAGAUAUCCAGGCAUGGUCUGAUGAAACUGAAGACCAUGCAGAAACUGUAACUUGUGAUCAUUUCCAGGAGUAGAGGGAUUUGUUAUUAGGUUACAUAUGUCUUCUGGUUAGCGAAGCAGUGGCAGGGGGUUCUCUCUGUCUUGAUCUUUCUUUACGUUUUUCCUCUGUGUUUUUAAGAUCUGUGUAGUUAAUAUUGUACGUAAUCUUGCUCUACUUUUUCCUGUCUGCUGCAAUAGUACUGUGGCUUGCACUUAACGUUGUCACCAGCUCCCAACAGAGCCUGAUGUGACCAGAUCCGCUCAGGGAGAUGGAGGGCAAUCAUCAGUGCUCAGCACAGGAAACUUAGAGUUCAUAGGAAAGAUGGCCAUUUAAAAUCUAUAUCUAAGGUGACCAUGGGACAGUUGUAGAAUAAGAUACAAACUGCUUCCACUGCACUUUUAGCGCUUCCUUUGUUAUAAAUUGUGUGAAAGAUGCUGAAAAUCAUUGUCUUAGAAGUGCAGGUGAACCCAAUCUGGUCUGCUGUGUUAAUGCAGCUCCCUGGGCUGUUGGGUGUGCUGUAGUUUGCAGCAGGCUGUGCCCUGCAUUAGAACACCAAUAAAGAAGCAAGUUUUAAUUAUAAAAUACAGAUAUAAGGCCAUGAUGAUGAUCCUUCAUAGUGUUCUUUCCUGUUGUAUGUAUUGUUAUUAAAUAAAUCUGUGCUUGGGAUUCUAAAUUAUGAUAUUAGACUCGCUGCACCACGGAGCUCUUCUCGAACAGCACCAAGUAGUGAUCAGGUUGUUCCUGUUACUAAUGGCAUUUCCUACUUCAUUUUUAACCCAUUGUAACCCUGUCAAAAGUACGCUCUCACUGCAUAUAUCAAUGCAAAAAGUGGGCGCUCUUGGCAUAGAAACGUUUGUCUGUGAUCGCACAAUUCAAAUUGUGGCCACUUUCUGAUAUGAUUUUUGUGUUCUUUCCUGUACACAAAGUCACACAAAAGAAGGCUGAGAGGAGAGAGGGUUGGGUGCCAACUGAAGCAGGCGUUGCCUCUGGGAUUUAGCACUGCACAGUGCAGCUACCUGUGGUUUAGGCUGCAGAGCUCACUGAGCUCCACCUGGCUAAAGCCACACUGGUACAGGCACGCUUAAAAUGGCCCUUCAGGAGCUGGAAACCCACUUCACUGUGAGGUGUAUCUGAACCUUCUUUUAUUGCCAAGAGUGAAGAUCGUUUGUUUAAACAUUUAUUUGAAGACUAUCAAAGAUGGGUUCGUCCAGUGGAACACCUGAAUGAUACGAUCAAAAUCAAGUUUGGUCUUGCAAUCUCUCAGCUAGUAGAUGUGGAUGAGAAGAAUCAACUGAUGACCACAAAUGUCUGGCUGAAACAGGAAUGGAUAGAUGUGAAAUUAAGAUGGAACCCCGACGAGUAUGCUGGCAUAACAUCUAUUCGUGUCCCAUCCGAUUCUAUUUGGAUCCCAGAUAUUGUGCUAUAUGACAAUGCAGACGGACGUUUUGAGGGGACAUCUACUAAAACUGUGGUAAAAUAUGACGGCACCAUUGCUUGGACUCCACCAGCAAAUUACAAAAGUUCUUGCACUAUUGAUGUAACCUUCUUUCCCUUUGACCUCCAAAACUGCUCUAUGAAAUUUGGUUCCUGGACUUACGAUGGAUCCCAGGUUGAUAUAAUCUUAGAAGAUUAUGAUGUUGACAAAAGAGACUUUUUUGAUAACGGAGAAUGGGAAAUAGUGACUGCAACAGGGAGCAAAGGAAAUAGAACGGAUGGAUGCUGCUGGUAUCCCUUUGUUACAUAUUCGUUUAUAAUUAGACGUUUACCACUUUUUUACACGCUGUUCCUCAUCAUUCCUUGUAUUGGACUUUCUUUCUUAACUGUCCUCGUCUUCUAUCUUCCUUCAAAUGAAGGUGAAAAAAUUUCCCUUUGCACUUCAGUCCUGGUAUCUCUGACUGUGUUUCUUCUUGUCAUUGAAGAGAUUAUUCCAUCGUCUUCUAAAGUCAUCCCGCUUAUAGGAGAAUACUUGGUGUUUACUAUGAUAUUUGUGACAUUGUCCAUCGUGAUAACUGUCUUUGCUAUCAAUAUUCAUCACCGCUCUUCAUCUACACACAAUGCUAUGGCGCCUUGGGUUCGCAAGAUAUUUCUUCACAAACUUCCCAAGCUGCUGUGCAUGAGAAGUCACGUAGAUAGAUACUUUGCUCAGAAGGAGGAAAAAGGAAAUAUGAGUGGAUCAGAAUCGUCUAGAAACACCUUGGAAGCAGCUCUAGACUCUAUCCGAUAUAUCACAAGACAUGUUAUGAAGGAAAAUGAAGUUCGUGAGGUUGUUGAAGACUGGAAAUUUAUUGCUCAGGUGCUUGAUCGAAUGUUCUUAUGGGCCUUUCUUCUGGUUUCAAUAAUUGGAUCGCUUGUGUUAUUUAUUCCUGUUAUUCAUAAAUGGACCAAUAAACAGAGCCACCGUGUUAGACAUUGUCAGUGGAAUUUGCUGCUAAACUUACAGUUUAGUUAAUUCUGCCGUACUGAUGCGACCACGUGCUAUAUUGAGCCUUAAAAUGCUUACAGGAUACGUGAGUAUGGACAUCUCUGUGUCAGCUAUAUCUCAUAUAUGUAUAUUUAUAUAUAAAGUCAGCUACUAUCUCUCUAAACUACAUUAAGUGAUGGAUGUUAAUUCUUCAGAUUGAUUCCAGUGCUGCUAUUCUUAAAAGUUUUAUUUCUGGCAGAGACUUUAGAAGAGAGGGUUUCUCCUACACUUUAAGUUUUGUCUGGUUCUUUGUUCCUUCCUAACACAGCUGUAUCCUGCAGGGCUACUGAAUGGCUUUUGCACCGGGAAAUGAUGCCAACUAAUCCUUAAGAACAUAUUGUUAUUUUUUACCAAGUUACAAAUGAUUCUGGUUGGAAAAGGAGUGACUCUUCCUGUUCAGUUACACAGUUACAUCUGGCCUUGAUAUCGGUAUUUUCUACAUUCCCAGCAUAAUUUAUUUCAAAAGUGAGUUUGCAGUUUUGCUUUAGUCCAUUAGUUUAACUUUCUCAGUAUUACUAACAUUGAUGCAUUAGGAACCAUGUGUGGAAAUUGCAGAAGUGCUUUGGACGUCUUAUUUCCUUUCCAAAUGCAAAUUUCUUUCCAUAGUCCUCCUUAGCUUUGAAUUACUUACUAUAAUUUACCCUUGUCUCAAAAGAGAACAAAGCAAGGCUAUUAGCCGUGUAUCUUUUUAGCUCCCCUCCUGUACCAAUAAUGUCUGAAGACUGCUUAGUUAUAUCAUGGGGUAAUUGGCAGCACGGCCAGCGGAGCUCCAGCCUUUAUUCCAGUAACUAACAAUUUUUGCAAACACAUGAAGGUCUUUCAGUCAUUUCUAUAACAGAUCACGAUAUCCGUGGAUGAAAAAGAUAUGCUGGAAUCCUCGAGGCUUUCGGCUCAUCCUCAGGUGUGUCUGAAAUGAAAUAACUGGUAAUAGACUCAGUAGCACGGCCCUUUACUUCUGUAACUCCUUUCUGAAUGUGCUGAGACAUAACUAAUGCUGCUCCGGGUAGCUUUUGUCUCUUGGUCAAAAUAAAUGAAAGAAAAUCAGAGUUUCCAACAGCUUGAUUCUCUUUAUUUUUAUAAGCAUUACCUCAUUUGAUACCACUAUUAAUAAAAAGUUUCCAGUUCGGUACAGA